AUGGAUUUUAACCUUCGAUGUUCGGAGUCUAUGCCGGACUUCUCUAGGAUCGGAAUGAUGGACGAAGAUGUUCCAGAUGUUCCAAGUAGACGAUCUUCUCCACUUCGCGGCUUUUUCAUAUCUCAGAUCCGAGCUCCAUGCGCUUUGAUCAAGAACCUUCCAGAUAGAGACCGGGAGAUUGCGAUGGCCUUUAUCAAAGCGCUCGCAAUUCAACACAGGAAGCUAUCGCUGGAAAAGAAAAAACUUCGGAAGAAGAUUUAUCGAAUGCAGCGCAGAGUCACUGCGAUAUCAAGGGAUCUUCACAUCCUUAGUUCUCACCCCGGAGAGUGGAUUGAGCUCGGAAUCUCCGAAUUUGCUCGUAUCCCGGAUUGUAUGAUGCCAGUUCUUGAUCUUGCUGGUCAAGGAGUUCAAGUGUUCUGCUCUCCGGGAGGGUUUUCCUAACUCGAAGUGUGC